ACACACACCUGCUAAAGGGCACUUCUUUACCCAGGAUUCUUCAGAGAUGGAACAGAGACAUUAGAAGGCGGCUCACAGCUCUCGUCUCUCCCCAACACAGGGGAGGAAAAGUAGACUGAAGAUGUGUUUUUGUCCCAAUUCUGAUUCAAAAUUGUUCUGAAUCUCCGUGGAGUCCUGUGAGGGAAAUCAAAGGUGCUAGUCCUUUUUUAAAUUUAUUUAAUCUUGAAAUCUGCUAUGGAUCUGGUUAUGUGGCUUCUCAGAGCACUGUUCCUGCUUGUCUGGUGUUCAGGAUUCUGGUGCAAUGAUUGCAACAUGACAAAGGUAUAUUUCGAGUCCCGCAAUUUUCACAGCAGGCUCCAUUGGGAUGAAGUGAAAAUCCCAGGCCGAGAAGUUCGCUAUAGCGUCAAAUAUCACAUAUACGGAGAGCGAUUCAGGCCGAUGAUUGAAUGCCAGAACAUCUCUGAAACUUUCUGUGAUCUCAGCUCUGUGACAAUGGACAUUCGCUCGAAGUAUUUUGUCAAAGUUAUGGCUAAUGAGUCAUGCCUCGGUGAAAUUAAGCACUUCUGUCCAUUUGAAAAAAGCACUCUGGAAGCGCCACAUUCAUCCGUGGUAAUGACCGGGGCCUCUUUCACCGUAACACUCACAACUCCCAUGGGGCCUCAGAACCACUCGAUUAGGGAAAUCAGCUGUUGGGAAAGGUGUAGGGAUUCUGGGCAAUCUUCUGUUGAGUACAUUGUCAGUCUCACACACCCAGAGUCUGAAGCUGGAAAGGUGUUUCAGAAUCCAUCUGGCAUGAUUACAGUGAGUCACUUAGACAUGAACACCGAAUACUGUGGCGUUGCAUUGUACGAGCUGACCCAUCCCUCCGUAAAGCGACAGAGUGAAAACACCACCUUCUGUGUGACUCUGCCAGCUGCAGACAAGCCCUGGAUUCCUGUAUUCAUCGUGUCUGCAUUAGUGGCUCUUUUCCUCCUGUUCACCUUGCUGUUGGUUUUGUGUCAGCAGUACGUCACGAAGAAGAGGAACCUGCCCAAGGCACUGCAGAUCAUGUCGCUGAACAUUACUCCAAAUUUCAACCCAGAUCCUAAAGCAGAGAUAACCACUGUGAAGGUAUACCCUGAAUUUCCAGCGAUUGCCAUCAAGCCCAAACCAGCCUUACCUUCUGUCUUGGUGAAGCCACAUGUUGUGAGAAAUGAAGAUUAUGCAGCCCAGGACUACCAUAACCAAGCUUGGCACUGUCGUUCUUACACUAAUGAACAGGGAGCACCACUUAGUGACCGGAGUGGUGAAUCCUGCACUAGUUAUAGCAUGGUCUUGGCAGUGAGGGUACCCCAGGUUCAAGAGGAGUUGUCCAGUUAUGCUACUGACAGUGGGUUAGGAGACUCCAUUAGUCCUGGACUGUCCUCUUGCACAGAAGAUGACCUAUUCCAGAUCUUAUCUCCUCCAGAACCAGAAGCAGACCUGGACAUGAUAGAACCAGACUCCAAUGAACUUUUGGUGCUGCCAGUGUCACGUGAUGCCAACGGGGAACUGCACUUCUUCAGCUUGGCAUUCCAGCCUGUGGAUUCAAAUGUAAACCACAGCCCAGAGAUCACACCUCUUGUGGCAAGAUCAACACCAGCUGGAGAGAGGACUCUUUUGUUGACAGAUCUUGUCUCCAGGGAUGAGUCAGACUGGACAGACGAUGAAUCAAGUUCUGAUUACAGGAAAGCCUACCUACCAAACAGGGUCCCUCAGAGCUGCUCGGAGUUACCCUCUCCUGUAACCAUUUCCAAAGUCUUCUUAUCUGACUUUACAUCCAACUACAGAGAAAACUGGGUACCGGGAAUCCUACCAGAUCCUCUGCCAAAUGAGAAGAACUACACUGGGAGUGACAAUUAGCUACAUGAUUUGGCUGAACCAGAAGAGGCUGUCGACGAAUCACCAUCAGAACUUGAAGCAGUCCUUUUAGGUGAAUGGAUGGUUAAAAUCCAAGGAUAGUAACUUUUUUUCCUUAACCAGUGACUCUGACUCUUAGUGCUGGCUUAAAAAGAGUUAUUUAACCUUCCACUAUAAUGUUGUUAAUGAAGAAUGAAAACCACUCACUGGGCCAAGGAUAUAUUUAGAAUGCAAAACCAGGCUUUUGGUCAGGUAUGAGUAGCAGAUGUUGGGUAAGACUUGGACUUCAGGAAGGCUGAAGGAAACUGAAACAGCUCUUGAGCACUUGCUAAUGAGCAGAGAACAUUUCCCAUAUGUCUCAUGUGUCAUCUGUGGCCUUUGUAGUGCUACUCACAGCUAAGCCUGUAGGAUUACUGCAUCACACCAUUUGGUGUGUAAGAUGCUCCAGGACUUGAGUGAAUCUCAGCUCCAGUGCAUUAGCCACCUGUCAGACAGUUGAAGCAGAUGUGUUAAACUUGAGUAACAUUAAGCUGUGUGGUGAAGUAACACUUGUGUGGAAUGUGAUGGAACAGUUGAAACUGGUUUACAUUUUUGCACCAAAUACAUUGUUGAAGUAAUGUGCAGUUUGACUGAAAUGGACAAAAGUAUGGGGACACCUAUCCAUCAUAGCUAUAUGUGCUUGCUGAACAUCUCCCUUUUGCUCAUACAAUAGCCUCCACUCAUCUGUGAAGGCUUUCUGCCCAUUUAGCCACAAGUGCAAUAGUGAGGACAGGCACAGAUAUGAGGCAAAGAGGCUUGGCGCACACUUGGCGUUCCAAUUCAUGUUCAGUUCAAUGAGGUUGAGAUCAGGGCUCUGUGCAGGCCACUAGAGUUCUUCCAGUGCAACCUUGACUAUGUCUUCACUUUGUGCACAGCAGCAUUGUCAUCCUGGAACAGGUUUGGGCCCCUUAGUUCCAGUGAAAUAAUAUCUUAACACUACAACAUACAAAGACAUUCUAGACAAUAGUAUGCUUUGUAGCAAUAGUUUGCGGAAGUCCCACGUAUGGGUGUGAUGGUCAGGUGUUCACAUACUUUUAGCCAUAUACUGUAGCUCAAGUAGCAGCCAAACAUCUAGCCAUCAUAACUUAUCUAACUAACUAGGAAGAUGUUAUGCUGUUAGUAGAUCAUUUUUACCUGUUUAUUUAUUUCCUGCUUUGGCUAGACUGAAGUCAGUCGCUGGCUGUACAUCAGUACUGUGUUUCUUGGUGAAACAAUGCCCAAAGCUCACUAGGAGAAAGUGAAAAUAUUUGUGUAUGAGAGAGAGAGAGAGAGAGAGAGAGAGAGAGAGAAUGUUGUAGUGAUUACCUAAUUAGCCAACAUGUUGGAUGGUUGUUAAGGCAUAAAUUGUACACAUUGUUCCAAAGUUUAUAGUGUCAUUUGGGAGUACAUGUCUGUGGCAUUACAUAUUAACUCCAUUAUCUCAUACAAAUAUCAUGUGCAUGUUUGUUGAGAAUAUCUGAGAGGCUAUAAUAAUGGUUAGGAACCCUGAUUAUAGUCACAUUUAUGGUAUUCAAAUGAGCUUUGGAUGCUUUUUCACCUGGCUUCCAUUCAAGACUUGCAGAAGUCAAGUCAUUAUCAAGAGUUACUCUUUAAUUUAGCGAACUCUCUGACUAAAAGUAUGAUUAUUAACUAAUCAAGAAGGUUUGAAAGUAGUGUUUUAGAAGUUCCCUUAAAACAGUUUCUACCAGUCGCUGUAAGCUUCCCUUAUUUGUACCUCAUAGCUGCAGUGCAAAACUAAAGGCAGUGUUUGCAGUGCAAACACGAAAUACCUUGCAUGAUGUGCUGUACUCAUAAUUUUGCAAAGUUAAUUUUUUGCCUUAAAUACUGCUUUAAGCAUCAUUUUUAUUUUUUUUUUAUUUUUAAAGCGUCUAUAUAUGAAGUAGGAAAAUAAGAUAUGACUGACUAGUUUGCUGUUUGUAUUUGAUUCAGCUGUAAAUUUGUGCUUUGUCUCAGUGUUGUGUCAUUCAGCAACAUUCUGCAUGUGAUCUGUUGUAUAUACAGUUACCUUUGUUAAUCUAUGGAACAAUAAUUACACUGAAAUAUUGUCGUAUAUUUAUUUGUUGGGAAUUCACAUCUCAGACAAAGUAACUAGAGCUUCUCAGACUUUGGGUGUGCAUGAUUCUUUAGGAGGUUUGACAUUUUUUUUCUAUCUAUAAGCACAGAGUGCAACUUUAACCGCACCAAUUUGAAUCUAAACAUAAUAAAGUGGAGAAACAAUAUUAUCUUAUCCUGUUUCAUUUGUACACCAUAUGUUUCACUGUUUUACUCUCCCAGUUAAAUAUAGAGUUCUGUACAAACAAGGCAAAGGUCUGGCUCCUCAGCCUUGUCUCUGGUUAGUUACGACUGCUACAUCACAAGAAUAGAAUAGAAUAGAAUAGAAUAGAAUAGAAUAGAAUAGAAUGCCUUUAUUGUCACUGCACAAAUGUACAACAAAAUUUAGUUCAUCAUAGGAGAGCAAAGCUGCUGCAUACGUGUGCGCCGCCACUCUUGGGCACUUCAGCCCAAUCAAAUCACUUUAUCACCUGAGCAGCUAUGUGAGAUUUGCUAUGUGGCAGCUGCAUGCUCAGCUAUACUAUGGGGAAAUGUUUUUGCUAAUGUCUCAAAAUAUUUUGCCUUUAAACUUGUUAUUGAUAUGUUUGCUAAUUUGCUGUUUGCUAAUUUGGAGCCUACGUAACUAGCUAGCUGCUACCUGUGACUAGCUCUGUAAAUGCCUAGAGAGUUAACAUACAAAACAUGUUUACAUUAAUUUUUAUUUUAAUCAACAAUGAAUGUUUCACACUGACAAGUAAAAAAUUGUUUUCACAUUUUCAGUAAAAAUCGGCAUUUUUACAGUGGUGUGUGUGUGUGUGUGUGUGUGUGUAUAAUAUAUAUAUAUCGAGUUGGCUAUAAGCCAUGUGCGACGAGAUUAGGCAGAAUAACUGUUUUAUUCUAUGCACAUUCAUGGGAUUUUGAGAAACAAGGUGUAGUUUUAUUUUUUGCAAAUUCGAUCAAUAAAAACUUGAAACAAAA